CCGGGCCGGGCCAGGCAGCCGGGGUGAGCGGCGCGCAGGGAUCUGGGCCGCGCGGGAUGGCGGGUUAUCUGCGGGUCGCACGCUCGCUAUGCAGAGCCCCGGGCUGCGGCCAGGCCUGGGCGCCGGCGGCCCUGACCACCCCCAGCUUGCAAGAGCAGCCGCGGCGCCACUAUGCCGACAAGAGGAUCAAAGUGGCGAAGCCGGUGGUGGAGAUGGACGGUGAUGAGAUGACCCGGAUCAUCUGGCAGUUCAUCAAGGAGAAGCUCAUCCUGCCCCAUGUGGAUGUCCAGCUCAAGUAUUUUGACCUCGGGCUUCCACACCGUGACCAGACCAAUGACCAGGUCACCAUUGACUCUGCGUUGGCCACUCAGAAGUACAGUGUGGCUGUCAAGUGUGCCACCAUCACCCCCGAUGAGGCCCGCGUGGAAGAGUUCAAGUUGAAGAAGAUGUGGAAGAGUCCCAACGGAACCAUCCGGAACAUUCUUGGGGGGACUGUUUUCCGAGAGCCCAUCAUCUGUAAAAACAUCCCCCGCCUUGUCCCCGGCUGGACCAAGCCCAUCACAAUUGGCAGGCAUGCCCAUGGCGACCAGUACAGGGCCACAGACUUCGUGGUGGACCGGGCUGGCACAUUCAAGAUGGUCUUCACCCCGAAGGAUGGCAGGGGUGCCACAGAGUGGGAGGUGUACAACUUCCCUGCGGGCGGCGUGGGGAUGGGCAUGUACAACACCGAUGAGUCCAUCUCGGGCUUCGCGCACAGCUGCUUCCAGUACGCCAUCCGAAAGAAGUGGCCCUUGUACAUGAGCACAAAGAACACCAUCAUGAAAGCCUAUGACGGGCGCUUCAAGGACAUCUUCCAGGAGAUCUUUGACAAGCACUAUAAGACUGACUUUGACAAGAAUAAGAUCUGGUACGAGCACCGGCUCAUCGAUGACAUGGUGGCACAGGUGCUCAAGUCUUCAGGUGGCUUUGUGUGGGCUUGCAAGAACUACGAUGGAGAUGUACAGUCAGACAUCCUGGCCCAGGGCUUUGGCUCCCUUGGCCUGAUGACUUCUGUGCUGGUGUGCCCGGAUGGUAAGACCAUUGAGGCAGAGGCUGCUCACGGGACGGUCACCCGACACUAUCGUGAGCACCAAAAGGGCCGGCCUACCAGCACCAACCCGAUAGCCAGUAUCUUUGCCUGGACACGGGGCCUGGAGCACCGGGGAAAGCUAGAUGGGAAUGAGCACCUCAUCAGGUUUGCACAGACCCUGGAGCAGGUGUGCGUGGAGACCGUGGAGAGUGGAGCGAUGACCAAGGACCUGGCCGGCUGCAUCCACGGCCUCAGCAAUGUGAAGCUGAACGAGCACUUCCUGAACACCACCGACUUCCUGGACACCAUCAAGAGCAACCUGGACAGAGCUCUGGGCAGGCAGUAGGGGACACGUGUGGCCCACCUGCCAUGGGCUCAGCCGAGGGCAGCCGGUCCUCCCACACGGUGGAGGGUGAGCCUCACAGCCCCUUUCCGGAGACCUUUCCAGGGGGCAUUUUUUAUAAGUGAGAUGUUUUUAAAAGUACGUGUGCAUUUCCCCUCUUGGCGACGUGAGGUCACAGAAGCGAUGUUUUGCAUAUUGUAAUUUAUAUUGCCUUUGGAACACAUGGUGCCUCUUUAGCUACUAAAAAGCUCUACACAAAA